CAGCUCCGUCGCACAUCUGCCCCUCCACAGGAGAGGACGACAUUCUUCACAGAACCCAUUUUUUUAUGUCGAGGGAUAGGUAUGGGAAUCAUGCGUAUUGCCUGAUUAUAAACACGGAAGUAUUGAGCUGCCACGCGCGUCCCUGUCACAUCUCCCUUAGCAUUCAACGCACAGCGAACUAUUGCAUUGCCCUUCCGCGCAAAACCGAGGUGCGAAUGGUCGGGUCCGGAUCAUAGGGUGAUGCUACUGAUUGGACGAGUCCAUUGCACUUUGUUGGGGGGUGGUACAAAUAAAUUGUGUACAGCCUUAUAGAUUAGCGACAACAGUAGCAUUCAUAAGAGGCGCUUGUAUGUGCACUUUCGUGCGUGCAUGUGUGUGUGUACUGGGGAGACAACGACGGCCAUGCGUGGCACAAAGACGGUCAGACGUGCAUCGUCCCGGCCUUCAUAGGUGCUCGCUAACAGCACUUGCUCCAACAGCCCCAUGUGUGCUGUACGGGCGAUCUUUGUCUUUGUGCGCGCGCGUGUUUGUGUGUCCUGGGGAGACAGAGGCGGCCGGGCGUGAUGCUGCACGUGUUUGUGUGCGUGUGAUGCCCGAUUAUAGUCAUUGGUUUAAUGGGAGAGCGCUCUCACACACGCACGCGCGUGUGUGUGUGUGAUACGUGUGAUUUGCCGUGCAUAGAUCGACUUAGCUUCCAAUGAGUACCUGGUGCGGUGUAUAGUAAACAUCGCCACUCGGGAGACAAAGGCGGCCGGGCGUGGUGCUGACCACCCACUCCCUCGUAUACCGUGCCGGCCUUCAAAGGUGCUUCUCGCUCGAAGCACUUGCCCCAACAGUUUGUUGAGGCUAUACGGGGACUAUUUGUCUCUUGGUGCACCGUGCAUAGCGCACGCACACGCGUGUGUGCAUGGGGGCGUCAUCGAAGCGAGGCACGGGCCAGUGAAGCUCUGGGCCGCGAGGUGACGAGGAGAUGACGGGGAGGAGGAGGCGACCAUACGGGACUGGGUGUGAGCGCAGCACAGCUCAGCCUCCUGGGACCUCUGAGCGGAGCUGGUGACCGGGAGACCUGGGACAGGGGACACGUGGGCACCUGGCGACAUGGAUGAGGCUCUUAGCUCAGCAGGUGACCGUGACCUCGACGUGGUGGCCGCCGCGGUCACCUGCGAGUCGAAGGCCGCCAAGGCACAGGAGCGGCAGCGAUUCCUCUUCUUCGAGGAGUCUUGCCACCAGCCGCACGAGGCGGACAACUUCCCCUCUCCGGGGCUGCUGCAAGUCGUCGGACAAAGAGAGCCCAUUGGCAGCAUGUCCUCCAUGGAGGUGAACGUGGAUGCGCUGGAGCUGCUCGACGUCUCCGACCAAGAGGUGUUCGCCGGCUCGGGCGGAGAGGACAACACCGAGGCCUCGCCCGUGCCCGAGGAGGAGCUGUGCCUGGCGGUGCCCGCGCUCCCCGGAGCGGCCCCGCGCUCCCCGGGCCCAGCGGCGUCCGGGCCCAGCGGCGGCGCGGCCAUCGAGCGGGCGCAGCCGCCCCGCACGGACGCCGGCAGCGAGGAGGGCGACACCAGCGAGGAGGGCGACACCGGCAAGGAACAGCUGGCGGCCUAACUCCGGAGAAAAUCCAGAAACAAUGGCACCCUCCUCCCUGCCAGACUCCCCGAGUUCCUAUAUCGGGGCUCAUCUCCUGUUUUCCAGCCCUGCAGAGCCAGUGCAAAUAUUCCACAUUAACAUGACGGGGGCGAGUCCAUCCAAAGGACUCAAGCACUUGCUGCCGACUUCCCGCCACGUAAAGUGGCAUUCAAUAUCAAUGCGACGUGGACUUACGAACCGGAAUCUGGCGGCCUUAGCCGUGUACACGGAAACACCACCACCACCAUCAAACAGCACGUGUCCAGGCGUGGGCAGGGGCGAUGGCAAUGACCUCGACUCCGUCUGUGCGGAGCUGCCAGCGGUGUCCACGCGUGCACUGCGCGUGGAGUGGAUGGGGGGUCCCUCCAGCACGCCGCUCGGCCACGGAGCGAGACGGUGGCCCCCGUGGCGAGGGGGGCUUGGAACCCCGACUCGAGCCGGCUCACGCCUCCUCUGUCCCAUACCCGUCGCCUGCACGUUCAAACAAUGUAAAGGUCCUUCCGUACACAUCCCAGCUGAUCAGGCACACGGUCUUACGCAUCACGUCAGCAGCGUUGGUUGAGUGCAAGCAAAAAGUCAGUGUCCCGUCAGCACUCGCGCGUGGAGAAGCCGUGCGUAGCGCGGGACCCCUCUUGACCAUGAGCCUCGAGACUGGGCGAGGCUGCUGGGUACACCACGGGGCACGCGGAGGGGGGG